AUGGAGGCCACCAACCAGGGCUGGCCCGAGGACUUCGGCUUCCGGCUGGGCGGCUCUGGCCCCUGCUUCGUCCUGGAGGUGGCCGAGGGGAGCAGCGCACACGCCGGGGGGCUACGGCCCGGCGACCAGAUCCUGGAGGUGGAGGGGCUGGCCGUGGGGGACCUGAGCCGCGAGCGCCUGGUGCACCUGGCACGGCGUUGUCCCCGGGUGCCACCCAGCCUGGGCGUGCUCCCAGGUCCCGAGGGCGGCACCGCGGCCCUGCCCGCAGCCUUGAGGGCCGCGCGCCCGGGCCGCGUCCUUGCCCUGGGCCGCGAGCUGCUGCGCCUGGCGGGUCGCCAGCGCCCCGACGCAGUGCACCGAGAGCGCAGGCACAAAGCCCAGGAGUUCAGCCGCAAGGUGCAGCGCGAGGGGUGUGGUCGGUGGGUGCGAGUGGAUGAAAUCUUGGGGGACCAGCCAGUUGCCAAGGAGCAGGUGUUCACCGCUCUAAAACAGUUUGCAACUGAACAGCAGGUGGAUGAACUGGUGUGGGCUCUUGCCCUGGCGCUGCCCAGAGAGGCAUGGGGGCCACUCCUGGACAACCUCAGGAUCUUCAUCCCCAAGAAGCACCGGGCGCGCUUCGACGAGGUGGUGUCGCAGGGUCUGCUGGGCAAGCUGUGCCGCGCGCGGCGGGCACAGGGUGCCCAGCGACUCCGCCGGAGCCGCAGCGAAGAACGGCCCGAGCGCCUCCUAGUGUCCACGCGCGCUAGCGCUGCGCCGCGCCGCCCGGACGAGCCACCCCCGCGCAAGGCCCCCUCGCUGCUGGGCGGCCGCGCAGGUGCCGGGGGCACACGCAGGACUGUCCGCAUCUACAAGGGCAACAAGAGCUUUGGCUUCACGCUGCGCGGCCAUGGGCCUGUAUGGAUUGAAUCUGUCCUGCCUGGCAGCCCAGCUGACAAUGCUGCCCUCAAGUCAGGUGACCGGAUUCUCUUCCUCAAUGGACUGGAUAUGAGAAACUGCUCUCAUGACAAGGUGGUGUCUAUGCUGCAGGGCAGUGGUGCAAUGCCCACGCUGGUAGUGGAAGAAGGGAUCGUCCCAUUUGCCAGUGACUCUGAUUCCUUGGACUCCCCCAACCGGUCAUCAGUGCUCACAUCCCUGCAGUGGGUGGCGGAGAUCCUGCCUUCCAGCAUCCGGGUCCAAGGGAAGACCUUCAGCCAGCAACUGGAGCAUCUGCUCACACCCCCGGAACGCUAUGGGAUCUGCCGUGCCCUUGAGAGCUUCUUCCAGCACAGGAAUAUUGACACCCUUAUUGUUGAUGUCUACCCUGUGCUGGACACACCUGCCAAGCAGGUGCUUUGGCAAUUCAUCUAUCAACUGUUAACCUAUGAAGAACAGGAACUCUGUCAGGAGAAGAUUGCAUGCUUCCUGGGAUACACAGCUAUGACAGCAGAGCCUGAAUCUGACCUGGAUCUGGAGCCAGAGCCCACGCCAGAACCCACACCAGAGCCCCAGCCACGAAGCUCCCUGAGGGCCUCCUCCAUGUGCCGCCAUAGCCUCCUCCGCUCUCAGGGCCUAGAGACCAGCCUUGGCUGCGGUCCCAGUGAAUGCCCAGAGCUGCCUCUUCCUCUGAUCCCAGGAGAACGCCAGGCGGGUGAUGGCACCUCCCUUCCUGAGACCCCUAAUCCCAAGAUGAUGUCAGCCGUCUAUGCAGAACUGGAAUCUCGACUAAACAGCAGCUUCAAAGGCAAGAUGGGGACUGCAUCCCGGGCCUCCCCACCAGGUCCCAGCCUGACAGCAGGACCUAGGACUCUCUCCACCAUCUCAUGGCCAAGUGAGCGGCUUCUGUCUUCCCCCUGCUAUGACCCGCUGUGCGCUGGAGGCCUGGCGUCCCCCAGCAGCUCUGAGUCCCACCCCUAUGCCAGCCUGGACAGCAGCAGGGCACCCUCCCCACAGCCAAGUCCCGGGCCAAUCCACCCGGACAGUCCCCCAAGCCCUGGCCCGGCACGGCCGUCCAGCCGCAGGAAGCUCUUCACCUUCUCUCGGCCCAUGCACAGCCGGGACACAGACCGCUUCCUAGAUGUGCUGAGUGAACAACUGGGUCCCCGGGUCACAAUCGUGGAUGAUUUCCUGACCCCUGAAAAUGACUAUGAGGAGAUGAGUUUCCAUGAUGACCAGGGCAGCUUUGUGACCAACGAACGGAGCAGUGCCAGUGAUUGUAUCAGCAGCAGUGAGGAAGGCAGCUCCCUGACCUACUCCUCCAUCUCUGACCACAUCCCCCCACCCCCGCUCAGCCCCCCCCCACCUCCACCCUUGCCUUUCCAUGACCCCAAGCCCAGCUCCCGCACCUCUGAUGGUCCCCGGGGACCCCCUCAGGCACUGGCCAAACCUCUCACCCAACACAACCACCCAGUCCCACCACCUCCCCCCCCACCCCUGCCCCCACCUGUCCCCUGCGCACCUCCCAUGCUAUCUCGAGGCCUGGGUCACCGACGAAGUGAGACCAGCCACAUGAGUGUCAAGCGCUUGCGGUGGGAGCAGGUGGAGAACUCAGAGGGCACCAUCUGGGGUCAGCUUGGGGAGGACUCUGAUUAUGAUAAACUGAGUGACAUGGUGAAAUACCUUGACCUGGAACUCCACUUUGGCACCCAGAAACCUGCAAAGCCAGUUCCCCGGCCUGAACCCUUCAGAAAGAAGGAGGUGGUAGAGAUCCUGUCCCACAAGAAGGCUUACAACACCUCCAUUCUCUUGGCGCACUUGAAGUUGAACCCCGCGGAGCUGCGGCAGGUGCUCAUGAGCAUGGAGCCCCGGCGCCUGGAGCCCGCGCACCUGGCACAGCUGCUGCUCUUCGCCCCCGACGCGGACGAGGAGCAACGCUACCAGGCCUUCCGCGAGGCGCCCGGCCGCCUCAGCGAGCCUGACCAGUUCGUCCUGCAGAUGCUGUCUGUUCCCGAAUACAAGACCCGCCUGCGCAGUCUCCACUUCCAGGCCACUCUCCAAGAGAAGACUGAGGAGAUCCGAGGCAGCCUCGAGUGCUUACGACAGGCAUCCCUGGAGCUCAAAAAUAGCCGGAAACUCGCCAAGAUAUUGGAGUUUGUCUUGGCUAUGGGCAACUAUCUCAACGAUGGACAACCCAAGACAAACAAGACAACGGGCUUCAAGAUUAACUUUCUAACGGAGCUGAACUCCACCAAGACAGUGGAUGGAAAAUCUACCUUCCUGCACAUCCUUGCCAAAUCACUGAGCCAGCACUUCCCAGAACUCCUGGGCUUUGCUCAGGACCUGCCUACCGUGCCUCUAGCAGCCAAAGUGAACCAACGGGCCCUGACCAUUGACCUGGCUGACCUCCAUGACACCAUUAGUGAGAUACAGGCAGCCUGCCAGAACAUGUCCCCCUCCAGUGAGGACAGAUUUGCUGUGGUCAUGACUUCCUUUCUGGAGACAGCCCAGCCUGCAUUGCGGGCGCUGGACGGGCUUCAGCGGGAGGCCAUGGAGGAGCUGGGCAAGGCACUGGCCUUCUUUGGAGAGGAUUCCAAAGCCACGACCUCCGAGGCCUUCUUUGGCAUCUUUGCUGAGUUCAUGAGCAAGUUUGAGCAAGCCCUCAGCGACCUGCAAGUUGGUGAGGGCCCGCGCAGCUCCGGAAUGACUUCACCCCUAGCCUGGUGACAGCUACCAUGAAGAAUCCUCAGCAAGGAGGCAGGCACAGGAGACCGCCCCACCCCAGGGCAGCCAGGAUGCUGUGGAGGUGGAGGUCAAGGGCGUGGAUUACUCAAUGGGAGGGUGUGGGGAGGCGGGGAAAGCCUGAGUGCAGCCUGUCUACCUCAACCCCAGGCUCCUCCACCCAUCCUUCACCCAGGCUGGGACUCCAGGGAAUCAGGAAUGGCAGCAACCAAGUCCCCUCUGUGCUUUCCUGGGCUUCUUCAAUCUUUCUGCAGAGCCACUGAAU